GAAAAAGGGAAUUUAAUCUGAGAUAUAAUAAGAUUAGGAAAACAAAUAGAAAGUAUUAUAAUCUGAUGGAGAAGCCAUUAAAGUAAUUAACUACUCAUCAAUAAGUUUAAGUAUGUCCUGGAAAAAGCUCAAGUUGUUGGGCAGAGGUUCUUACGGUACGGUAUCUCUUGCCACGCCGUUAACCGAUUACUAUACAUUGUUUGCUGCAGUCAAAUCCGCCCAAGAUGAUCGGUCGUCUUCACUCCGAGCGGAAGCACAAAUAUUGCAUGCCCUCAGAGGGUCGGACUACGUGAUUCACUGCUUCGGAGAAGAUGUAAGCAUCGAAAACGGUAAAAAAACUUAUAACCUCUUCCUCGAGUAUGCUGCUGCUGGAACUUUGAAUGACUUGAUUCAUAAGUCGAAUACGGUGCUCGGAGAAGCAGACGCUGCGUACUAUGCUUUUCAAAUCUUAGUUGGGAUUUGUCAUGUUCAUCGUAAAGGAUUCAUCCAUUGCGAUCUAAAACCAGCUAAUAUACUUGUCUUUCCUGGCGGACAACACCGCCUUGCAAGCGUGAAAUUGGCUGAUUUUGGGGCAUCGUUGAGAUCUGAAACAAAAAGUUGUUGGGACACAUCAGUGAAGAAGCGUAGUCGCUGCAGAGGGACUCUACUAUACGCACCACCUGAAUCUGUAGUGUGUGGGAUUCAGGAUAAAGGUGUUGAUAUUUGGGCAUUUGGAUGCAUACUUGUAGAGAUGCUCACGGGAAAGCGGGUAUGGUCAGAAUGUAAAAACAAGAAAGAAUUAAAAUUGAAGAUUGAACACGAAAAACCAGAGAUACCAACUAAUAUAUCUAAUGAUGCGAAGCAUUUUCUGAGUAAGUGUUUGGACAGAGAUCAUAAUUGGCGAUGGAAUGCGGAGAUGCUACUUCAUCAUCCAUUCAUCACCAACUAUGUUAACAAGAAGAUGAUUAGUGAGUUGAUCGAGCGGCCUUUUGGUGAUAUUGCACGACUCAGACCAUUGGUUUCUAUGGAGAACUUAUUCACAACAACUACUUUCUAUUAUCAUCAUCAUAACUCCUCCUCCGACUUGAGAGGAUCGAGCAGUAUUAUUACAAGAUCCCCCGAGACUAAUAAUGAUAACGCAAGAGGUACAACGAUAGACCAGAUGAAUUUCAGAAACUUACAUAUAUAUAAAAUAGGGAAAAUGCACAAGUAUCCCCUCAACCUAUGCCCGAAAUUUUAGAGACACACUUAUAUUGUACUAAGGUCUUAUUACCUUAAACUUAUUUUAUAAGUAAUUUUCUACCCUUUUAAGCCUACAUGACACUAAUUUGAAGAGAGAGAAAAACCCAACCAGUAUUGGGCCAACAUAAUAGUGUCACGUAGGCCAAAAAGUGAUAGAAAAUUAUUAAUAAAAUAAGUUCAAGGGGUAAUGAGACCUUAAUAUAAUAUAAGUGUAUCUCUGAGAUU